AUGCAUUUCACGAAUCUCGAUGAUACUCCAAUGUUCCGUCAUCAGCUUCAAUGCUUGGAGGAAAGUGCAGAAUCAUUGCGCCUCAGAAGCGUAAAGUUCUACAAAGGAUGUAGAAAGUAUACGGAAGGAAUUGGAGAGGCAUAUGAUGGGGACAUCGCAUUUGUGAGCUCCCUUGAAAAUUUUGGAGGAGGACAUAAUGAUCCCCAUUUCGUUGCUUUGGGAGGACCUGUAAUGAACAAAUUUACCAUUGCUUUGAGGGAAAUCAUUACAUUCAAGGAACUUCUUCGGUCGCGGGUAGAACACAUGAUUGAUGACCGGUUACUACAAAUUGUCAAUGUUGACAUCAAUGAAGUUAAGGAAGCUCGUAAGCAUUUUGACAAAGCUGCCCUUAUAUAUGACCAGGCACGUGAAAAGUUUAUGUCAUUGAGAAAAAGCACUAAGAUUGAUAUUGCCACUGUCGUAGAAGAGGAACUGAAGAUUGCAAGAAUGUCGUUUGAGGAAGCACGAUUCAGUCGGGUUGGUGCUCUUAAUAACAUUGAGGUCAAGAAGAGAUUUGAGUUUGUGGAGGUUGUCACUGGAAUUAUGGACGCCCAUCUUCGAUACUUUCAACAGGGAAAUCACCUACUACAACAGAUGGAACCUUUCAUUAUUGAGGUUUUGGAUUAUGUACAACAGUCAAAAGAAAGUUUCGAUAAAGACCAGCUUUUACUUUUUAAAAGAAUGCAAGAACACAAAAAAACAAGAAAUACAAAUAAAAGUGCAUAUAUUGAUUCUCAUCAUUGCUUUUUGUGUGGCCUCGUCGUGUUUGAAAUGCAACCUUGUUGCUUCCAUCUUCAUUACCUUCUUCAUGACCAAACUGGCGUAUUGUAA